GUACAACGUACUUGAGCUACCGCUCACGACCGGUACCCUAUUUCGCUGCGGCCAUGGCCCACCAGCAUGUCUAUUUGAUGCAGGACGAGGCAUUUGCUGUUUCAUCGCUAAAAGAUUCAAAGGGGAGAAACAGCGAGUUGGUUGCGAAGGUGGUCGGGCUGGUUCAUCCACGCACAGGAGAGGCGACGAAGUUCAUGAUGGUUGGAGACAACCUGCUCGAGCUCCAGGUGGCUCGGCCGCGCGAGCCCCAGGAGCUGGCCAGCUUCUUCAUCGACCAGGCCGUCCAGCAAGACGGCGCCGUCCACGCCGCCUCGAGGGUGGACCCGUUGUUCCUCCUCCUGCCCGUGCUGGCGAAGCACGCCACCCGGUGGUGCCCGCUAGCCCAGGCCAUGGCGGAGGGGGGGUGCGGCAGCUUGAGGGGCCUCAGGCAUCUCGACGCAGACAAGCUUUGCGAUGUAAACGACCGAAUGGGCCCAGACGAUCUACUUGUCCGAAUCAACGAGCAAUCCGUUCUGGCUUGGCUCGCCGCUAAGGUCGAGCGUGCAACGAGGAGAUUCACGGAGCUCGCGACCGGGGGGGGGGAGGAGUCCGGUUGGGCGGGCGGGGGCGCGGCGGCGGGAGGCGCAGGGUUUGCUAGAGAUUUUCAGGCGAUUGCGGCGCCGAUGGACGCGAGGAGGCAGAAGGAGGUGGAAGCGGAAUGCAAGCAGCGCGCCCUGGAGGCUGUCUGCGAGUACCUUGGGGACGAGUGGGCGACGAAGCUGGCGGAAAGAUUUGGCACGGAGCGGGGAGUCUUGUUCGGAGGUAGAUCGACGGCCACGAAGAAGCGCAAGGCUGUAUGGGAAGAGACGGCGGAGACGGAUCGUAACCUGGAGCUGUCGCACGGUAGCGGCGGGGGGAAGAAAGCGAAGGCCGAGGCAGCGGAAGCCGCGACGAAAGCGAAGCAGCCGCUGAGCCACGCACAGAGGAGCCUUGCGAAGGUGAACAAGAAGGGCAUGAAGAGCAUCUCUAGCUUCUUCGGGAAGAAGUGACGGAGAUUUUCCCCCUUCUCGCGUGGGCUCUAUUUCAUGGUUUCGUGCAACACACCGGAGUCAUCCGAUAGGCGAAGAACAAGAAGAGCGUUUCGGCAUAUUAAAUGGGGUUGCAACGAGGUGCGCGUGGGUAACGGAAGCGUAUGUUUCGGUGUUGGGGGGGGGUUGUUGUGAGGACUCCGUCCACUCUCGUAGUGCUCAAACCAAGACGACUAAUCGAUUUCAAACGGACGUGCGCCUGCAAGUGCGUGCACACGGUAUGUUGUGGCUUCCUCGUGUUUUGACGUUGUGUUCGGCGAGGAACAGGCGCGAGAGGGAUUUAACCUUGAAACGUCGAGCGACGGUGAUAAAUAGCGGAAAAUGACUUGAGAAAAAAAAAGCGAGCAUCUCUGCAGAGAUCGAUUUUUCUUUUCGAUUGUUCCGAGUCUUUCAGAGUCGAAACGCGUUGUUCUUUCACACGUUCUUGUGUUGUGUGCGGAGGGCUAAUCAUUUGAAUCGUGUUUACGGUACCGCACGUUCAUCGCGUAGGUCAGUGCGCACUCUCAUAUCUCUGGAUGACGUCUUGAAAUAGGUCGCGUUUUCAAUAAGUCUUGUGAUGGUGAGAGCGGUGGUAGCUGGUUGGCUUUUUGUGCGGUACUUCGGCCGUGGGUAAAAGGAAAGGACGUUUCUUUAGGUCAUCUUUCUCGGAGUGGCUGGCGCAACAGUUCCGAAUCCCCUCGAAAACAAAUGCGAGCAGAGUGCUUGCUUGGGGAGCAUGCUUGAAUCGCGGCUU